UGCAGUGUAGUGAUGUGAUGUGCAGUGUAGUGAUUAGCUGAAAAUUAACAAACAAGUGUGUGUUUAGUGCAAGAAAAUGUGUUUUCUCCAAGGCAGCAGCGGCGGCGGCGAAUUGGCAAAAGGCGAAAAUGGCAACUUGGCGAAUAUGGCGAUAUGGCGAAAAAUGGCAGCUUGGCAGAAAAGUGAAGUGAUGUGUAGUGCAGUGUAAAGAAGUGAUGUGCAGUGUAGUGAGGUUGUGAUUAACUGAAAAUUAACAAACAAGUGUGUGUUUAGUGCAAGAAAAUGUGUGUUUCUCCAAGGCAGCAGCGGCGGCGGCGAAUUGGCAAAAGGCGAAAAUGGCAACUUGGCGAAUAUGGCGAUAUGGCGAAAAAUGGCAGCUGGGCAGAAAAGUGAAGUGAUGUGGUCUAAUAUGUUGGCGAAGAAAGCCGCAAAAUGGUAUCAAAUGGCAGCUUGGCAAUGUGGAAGUCAUUAUCUAAAUAAGCAUAUUAAAUUGUGCGUAAAUUCUUUUUUUUCAUGUGUAAAGUCAUUGCCUUAGUUCCAUCAAAGUGUGUGUGUGCGAAAAUUUUGCAAAAAAGUCGCUAAGUUUGUCCCAUUCCCCCUCCAGCAUAAAAUAGCGCAGUGAAGAAAGAGAGUGGAAAAGGAACGAGCGUUCCAAGUGAUGUGAGUGAUAGGGUGAGGCAUUGCAAAUCUGCUGAUCUGACUCUCUCUCAUCUUGUGUGUUCACACGAACUUACGUCCACUUAUGCCUCACCUUCAAUUAAUAUGCCCAAAAUGUGCGCUCUUAUUGGAAAUUUCGUUCGUUUCGUUUUCGGUUUGCGGUUUCGGUGCGGGUUCCGUCGUCGAGUCGUCGUGCGGUGUCUUUCUUCUCUCUUUUCAGAUUAUCAGAGCGAACUUUAUGUGCAGCGCAGCAAAACUAACGGGACAAUAUUAUCGUUUGCGACAAGAGGUACUGGUUUCCCUUAAUUCUUGCACUAAUCCAGCCAUGGCGUCAAACUUUCGCACUCGUCGAGGCCCCGGCAAGACAGUUGAGCGCACCGAUCCGAUUGAUGAAUAUUUGGCGAAACAAAAUUUGUAUCGCAAGAUUAUGAUUAAAGGAGGGCGUAGCAGCCUAUUCCGGAUGGUGGCCGAGCAGAUGUAUGACACGCAAAAUCUUCACUACGAGGUGCGUAUGGACUGUGUGCGUUUUAUGAUGGACAAGCGCCGCCUAUUCAGGAGAAACAUAAAGACCAACUUCAACGACUAUCUGUUGAAAUUAGAGAAGCCGAACACUGAAGGGACGAUGAUAGAACUACGGGCCCUGUGCCUUAUGUACGGUCGGAAUGCGAUUUUGUACGAGCCAAUGAAACUGGGCACGCCAGUUAUAUUUAGCGAUAAUUACAAGGAUAAUUUUAGUGUUUUCUUCGACAAGUAUGGCCAUUUCGAUGCUGUCUACUCGAUGAAAAGCAUUGAGGAGGCAGCCGUUUGCCAAGCCAUCACAUAUAAGAUGCUUUACCAGAUGUGUUUCAAGCUACCGGAUGUGAGCAUAGCAGUUGAGAAGAUGCUGAAUCCGGACACAUUCAACAAAAGCACCACGCUGAAACUUAGUCGAAAUGGCACAGUUCUCCGCCUCUUCGGCAGAAAUGGACGCAACUUCGACCUGUCCUCACCAGAGCUCACAAAGUGCCUAUUGAACGAGAAGCACCUAUGCGAUUUCCACAACCGAGAACGUUGGCAAGAGUAUGUAAACAAAUUCGAUCGAAUGCCAUUGUCGUGCACGCUCAAAAAUAUGGAUGAAUGUAUCGCGCCAUUUACUUAUUCUGUUGCCAAGUCCCUAUCUGCAGAUGUAUAUCGAAAUGUUGAACUCAGCUCUUAUAUUAUGAUGAAAAAUGAAGCGAUUCAGUUUAAAUUAUAUGCCGGCGACUACGAUUUUUGUGUUGGCGCCCAUUGUCAAGUGGAGCUUGACAAAAGGCCGGGGCAUAUGAAGAAGUGCUAUAUAAAGAAAAUAGACUGGAAGUCACACAAAUUCUCUAUUCGUCUUGAGGGAACGGGCACAGAGUUGUGGGUGCCUUCAAACACAGUGCAUCCGCUGCAACCUAGUGAGUUCCAUGCCUGGAAGCUUGGGUAUUUCCAACGAAUGGAACUACAACGCUUUAACAUAAUUUUGAGUGAUACCAAUACCCGGAAGUUUGAGACAAUUCUAAGCGCAUCCCUUGAACAAAAUAAUCACCGUCUCGCAGGUAACCAUGUGCCCCAACUGCAAUCGCAAAACUUUGGCUUGGAUCCACCAGUGCCGCAACAAGGAUAUAUUGUCUAUCUAACAGGCCCUCCCCCACAUUUCGAACCACCGGCAAUGAGCCCGGAGCACCGAUAUUUGCUACCAAGUCCACCGUCACCACCAUUGAUAAUAAUGCAACCAGUAACGAUCUAUUCAUACUAUUGUCCCACUGGAUGUCCACGCGAAAUGAACCAGUACCCUUCAUGGUCGGAGGCUCGACCACCCUUGGUCAUCGAGGAAAUCACAGACACUGCCAACCUUUCGGCUGGAAGGACGUAAGGAGUUCAUUUAUCCCUUCAUAAACAUUUCUAUGCCUAACACACUUUUUUCCUCAUUUCUUUCAGCA